UGACGGCCGCAUAGAGAGAAGAGACAGUCUCACACGCAAGUAAAGUUGAGAAAUAGAAGAGAGAAAAUUUUAUAAAAAAAAAAGAGAGAAGCCGGCGGGGUUUGGCGUGAGGAGUGACGACUGAGGAGAGUGGAAUCCUCGAUUAGUCCGUCUUACUUCCUUCUCUCAUUAAAGAUUAUAUUCCCAAAAAAAUCCAAAAUUUCCUCACUGCUCUCUUUACUUCUUCUGCUUUGCUUCCAUUCCAUUUGGAUCUACAACUCCACUUCUCCACCAAACUUCCAAACCCUAGUUUUCGAACCCUAAGCUGCCGCAGCCAUGGAAGCCUCGACGGCUCUGUCACGCAUCGGACUCGCGGGACUAGCGGUGAUGGGUCAGAAUCUCGCCCUCAACAUAGCCGAGAAAGGAUUCCCUAUCUCGGUCUACAACAGAAGCACCUCCAAGGUCGACGAAACCCUUGUACGAGCCAAGGAAGAAGGCAACCUACCCCUCACCGGUCACUACUCCCCUCGCGAUUUCGUUCUCUCCCUUCAACGCCCCAGAUCCGUCAUCAUACUUGUCAAGGCCGGAGCCCCCGUUGACCAGACCAUCGCCAACCUUUCCCAAUUCAUGGAAUCCGGCGACUCCAUCAUCGACGGCGGUAACGAAUGGUAUGAGAACACCGAGCGCCGGAUGCUCGAGGUCGCAGACCGUGGUAUCCUCUACCUCGGAAUGGGUGUCUCUGGAGGCGAAGAGGGCGCUCGCAAUGGCCCUUCUCUCAUGCCUGGUGGGUCUUACCCUGCCUACCUCAACAUUAAGGACAUCGUUGAAAAGGUUGCCGCCCAGGUUGAGGAUGGCCCUUGCGUCACCUACAUCGGUGAAGGUGGUUCCGGAAAUUUCGUCAAGAUGGUCCACAACGGCAUCGAAUACGGGGAUAUGCAGUUGAUUUCGGAAGCUUACGAUGUCUUGAAGGUCGCCGGCGGCUUAUCCAAUUCCGAAUUGGCCAACAUCUUCGCCGAAUGGAACAGAGGUGAGCUCGAAAGCUUCUUGAUUGAGAUCACUGCUGAUAUUUUCAGGGUUAAGGAUGAACAUGGUGAGGGUGAGUUAGUGGACAAGAUCUUGGAUAAGACAGGUAUGAAGGGUACUGGAAAGUGGACAGUCCAACAGGCGGCGGAGUUGUCGGUUGCGGCGCCCACUAUCGCUGCUUCCUUGGAUUGCAGGUAUCUGAGUGGGUUGAAAGAGGAGAGAGAAGCAGCAGCCAAGGUCCUCGAAGAUGCGGGCAUGACGGACGAUGUGUGGAAGGUGAGGGGCGGAAUUGAUAAGAAGAGAUUAAUUGAUGAUGUGAGGCAGGCGUUGUACGCUUCCAAGAUAUGCAGUUACGCCCAGGGAAUGAACUUGCUGCGAGCUAAGAGCAUCGAAAAGGGUUGGAAUCUGAACUUCGGGGAAUUGGCUAGGAUCUGGAAAGGAGGUUGCAUUAUAAGGGCUGUGUUCUUGGAUCGAAUCAAGAAGGCGUACCGGAGGAAUCCUGAAUUGGCAAGCUUGGUGGUUGAUCCAGAAUUUGCCAAGGAGAUGGUACAGAGACAAGAAGCGUGGAGAAGGGUUGUAGGAUUAGCAAUUCAAGCAGGGAUUAGCACUCCAGGAAUGUGUGCCAGUCUAGCUUACUUUGACACUUACAGGCGUGCAAGACUUCCUGCGAACCUUGUCCAGGCGCAGAGAGACUUGUUUGGAGCUCAUACCUAUGAGAGGAUUGAUCGUCCUGGAUCAUACCAUACCGAGUGGACAAAGCUUGCUAGGCAGAAGAAGGGUGGUAUCGGUGCAUUUAACUGAUGGGUUUCAUUUAUAGAUUUUGUUUUUGAGUUCUCAGAUUGAAAAUCGAGCUUUGCAAUUUCACUCUUAGCCAUCCAUGGAUGAUAUUCUGUUGAGGCUUGUUUAUGGCCUUUGCAGAUUUCUGCGUUGAUAAGAAAUAAUUGGUGUAUCUGCUCAUUAAUUGAGCUCUUACAAGCUGAGAUUAUGUUUUCGAUUGGCUUCUCUUUUCGUUGAAAUGGAGGAGAUACAUAAAUUUCAUUUCAGAGUUUUUAGUUUUCUUUCA